CCCAUAACGACAGCAAGCCUAGAAGUGGUGACCAUUGUGACCUUAAGCAACCUGCUUGUGCUGCUGUAAGGCGCCUCGUGGCGUCAGCAGCACUCACCGGUUCGUCGCCAACAAUGGUUCAGCGUUCGUCCUCCCGAUAUGUUCGCCCAACGCCUGCAUCAGUCCCUGCGAGGCAACUCUCUCGAGGAGACAAUAGGCAAGCGGCAACACUCUCGCCAAGAGCAAGGUCAAGGGCAGGCCUGUUGUCCUUCAUUGGAUUUGUGGUCUUCUCUGCAGCGUUGCACCUACACCUCUUCCAGUCGCAAGCAUACCCAAUGCCCGACAGCCACUACUACAAAGUCAAAACGAUUUCCCCAGGAAGCGAAUUACAACGACGAGGCCUUAGCGCAACAGAUUUUGCACUUCCAUCAUGUCACCACUACUUGCAAUUUUAUUACUGUUCUGGCGAAGAGUCGAACCAUCACAAUGACAAGCAGCCGCAUCAAGGCACCUCAACAGCUCGAAGGACAGUACUAAGAGGAGCCAAACUCCUAGCCAUCCUCGCGUGGCUAGCUUUCCUUGACUUUUUUUGUCCGAAUCUUGCGACUUUCGAGAGCACGGCCGGAGUCACCCUUCUCAGCUUUGGCAACAGCUCGCCGGACAUCUUCUCCACGUAUGGCGCAAUGCGAAAGGGCAGCGGCUCUCUCGCAAUCGGCGAGCUCAUCGGAGCAGCAUCGUUCAUCGUCUCAGUCGUCGCAGGCUCAGUCAUGCUUGUCGCAGACUUUCAAGUCAGACCCUUUCCGUUCUGCCGAGACGUUGGGUUCUUUGCUGUCGCCCUGGCUCUCAUGCUUUCGGUCUUGUUCGACGGUGUGCUCCACUUGCACGAGUGCAUUAUGCUCGUCAGUUUGUACGUGGCUUACUCGGCGACAAUCAUCAUCAGCAGCUGGUGGAUGGGCGAUGGGCAAGGUGCCCGUGUCGCGCUGCCAGAGGAUGAGGCGGCAGGAUCACGAGACUUAAGAGCCAAUCCAGCGGGAGUCAGGUCAUACCUCGGGCCUCUCACGGUACCCGCCGCAAUUGAAGCUGGCGGCAUCUCCAACGAAGCUGAGGGCGUUUCCGAUGAAGGUGCCCCACAUGGCUUAACAGUGCAUCCCCAUGCCUCGCAGUCGCAUCAGCGACACAAUCUGCGCUCUGGGAUCCUACCGCGUCACUCAAUCCUCGGUGCAAUCGAGUUCCGUGACGUUCUGCUGAACCUCCGGAAGGAGUCCAGCGCGGACAGGAGUGUUGAGCUCUUCCAGAGUCAUGACCCGGAGAUGUUUCUAUCGCCGCACUAUCCAAGUAGUAUGCACUCCCGACAUUCAUUGAAUUUUUCCUCAGUACGCCCCUUUCCUCGGUCCGCAAGCCCGACGACUAAUCCGAAGGACACUGUGACGUCGACUGCGCAAGAUAGAGGCAGCACCUCCCUUCAUGGUCAAGAUGACUACUUUUCCCUGGAAAGAGGCGUACAGGAUCUCGAACCGGGAGUAGCCUACGAUGCCUGGCGAUCAGAACAUAGCAGCGAAGCAUCCGCCGCACAGUCCGCGACCUCGCGUCACCUGGACGAUUUGCAUUCUUCUCAAACUGGGACACUGCUGAACCAGCGGACUGGAAAGAGGCAAGACAGACAUCCAGUGCGAGCUAUCCUGCGGGCUUUGUUCCCUUCGCUGCAGAAUUUCCAGGCCAAGUCAUAUCUUGGGAUGUUCGUGAGCUUCGCCACGGCGCCGGCGAUGGUCUGCCUCAAUCUCACACUUCCAGUAGUGGACGAUGAGCUGGAGGGCAAGAUCGCGCAGCUUGAAAAAGACGGUAGCGCGCUGCAGGAAAUUCACCUUCCCGGGGACGAGCGUACACUCCUGGCCCGGGAAGGGGAUGAGAUGGCAGACGAGCUGGCCGAGGACGCAUCUGUUUUGCACAGCCGGCAAGCACAGCUGCCAGAAGAGUCGUCGGACCCGCUCGAGGCCAUGAUCGAGCUUUCGAAGGCAAGAAAGGUCCUCACUGUGGUGCAGUGCGCGCUUGCACCAUCCUUCUGCACUUGGGCCGUCACAGACGAGGAUGAUAGUCGCCGCGUGCUCAAGGUGAUCAUCGCGGCCAUUGUCGGCUGCGUUCUCGGCUGCCUUGCCGCCUUCGUCGUCUGGCAGAUGAGCGGCCGAAAAGUUCACCCGCACCUUGCUGCAACGAGUGCGAUCUUCAGAUGCAUGGUCGGCUUUGUCGUCUCCGUCAUGUGGAUCAUGACCAUCGUGGAUGAAGUUGUGCUCAUCCUGCAAGCCAUCGGCGCCAUUGCCGGCGUCAGCCAUGCAAUACUCUUGCCUCAGCCGACGUACCUCUUCUUUCCUGCUUGCAUAGUCCUCGGUCUUACCAUCUUUGCUGCGGGCAACAGCCUUGGCGAUUUUGUUGCCAACACAUCACUCGCGCCCCUCCAUCCCGUCAUGGCCAUCUCAGCCUGCUUCUCUGCUCCCAUGACAGCACUCCUCCUUGCUUGUGGAGGGUCAGGUCUGGUGAUCCUCUCCCAAUCCGCGGACCAGAGCUACGAAAUCGACCUGUCACCGACAUUACUUGUCAGUGGAAUCGCCUCGUUUCUGAUCCUCAUUUCGUUGCUGGUCGUCGUGCCCCUCAAUAAUUUCCACCUGACGCGCAAGAUGGGAGCAUGCCUCGCCACGUCGUACGUCGCCGUCAUGCUCGUCAAUGUGGGCGUCGAAUUUUACAGGCGUCAGCCUCAUGUAGCAUAGACAAUGUGUACCAACUGCUGAGUGGACAGAGAGGUGCAAUCGGUGGGUCUCGAU